AGAAGAGGAGGAGCAGCAGAGCGGAGGCUUCAGUCGCCGCUGCUUCACUCGCAGCAGAAGGAGGUUUUUCCUCCGUUGAAGAUGAUUCUGACGGCAUGACAAAGGCUUCCUGAGACACACACACACACACACACACACAUACACACAUACACACACACAUCCUCCCUCAGUUUCCACGGCAACGGCAUCCCCCCUUCAUCCCUCCAUCCUCCCUCCAUCCUCCUCUUCUUCCUCCUCCGUCUCUGGAUCUCCGGCUGCCGUCGCUGCUCUGGUCGUCAGGAUGGGAGAUAAAGGAACCAGAGUCUUCAAGAAAGCCAGUCCUAAUGGAAAGCUCACCGUCUACCUGGGAAAGAGGGACUUCGUGGACCAGGUGGACCUGGUGGAGCCUGUUGACGGCGUGGUUCUGAUCGACCCGGAGUACCUGAAGGAGAGGAAAGUGUUCGUGACGCUAACCUGCGCGUUCCGCUACGGCCGCGAGGACCUGGACGUGCUGGGCUUGACCUUCCGGAAGGAUCUGUUCCUCGCUAACGUCCAGGCGUUUCCUCCGCUAGCCGAGCAGAAGACGAGUCUGACGCGCCUCCAGGAACGACUGAUGAAGAAGCUGGGAGACCACGCCCACCCCUUCACCUUCCAGAUCCCCCUGAACCUUCCCUGCUCCGUCACCCUGCAGCCGGGACCCGAGGACACGGGGAAGGCCUGCGGCGUCGACUUCGAGGUCAAAGCUUUCUGUGCAGAAAACGUGGAAGAAAAGAUCCACAAAAGGAACUCGGUGCGUCUGGUCAUCAGGAAGGUCCAGUUUGCUCCGGAGAAAGCGGGUCCUCAACCGACGGCCGAGACCACCAGGCAAUUCCUGAUGUCGGACAAACCGCUGCACCUGGAGGCGUCUCUGGACAAGGAGAUCUACUACCACGGCGAGCCGAUCAGCGUCAACGUUCACGUCACCAACAACACCAACAAGACGGUGAAGAAGAUGAAGAUCUCGGUACGACAGUACGCCGACAUCUGCCUGUUCAACACGGCGCAGUACAAAUGUCCGGUGGCCGUCGAGGAGUCGGACGACGUCGUUGCUCCCAGCUCCACCUUCUGCAAGGUGUUCACGCUGACGCCGUUCCUGGCCACCAACCGGGAGAAACGGGGCCUGGCGCUGGACGGGAAGCUGAAGCACGAGGACACCAACCUGGCGUCCAGCACGCUCUUGAAGGACGGAGCCAACAGGGAGAUUCUGGGCAUCAUCGUGUCCUACAAGGUCAAGGUGAAGCUGGUGGUGUCGAGAGGCGGGCUCCUGGGAGAUCUGGCUGCCAGUGACGUCUCCGUGGAGCUGCCGUUCACGCUGAUGCACCCGAAGCCGCUGGAGGAUUCUUUCUACCGAGACGCUCCAGAUGAAGCUCCGAUCGACACAAACCUGAUCCAGUUUGACACAAACGACGACGACAUCAUCUUCGAAGACUUCGCCCGUCAACGUUUGAUCGGAGCUGACAAGGAGGAGGAGGAGGAGCCGGUGGACGUUCCCAAGCUGGACGACAGAUAGAGGCGUCGGCCAGCGCCGUCGCUGCUGCUAGUGUGGAGCUAACGGAGCUAACGGAGGUCAACCUGUAGUACCGGUGGAACCUCGGUCCGGACUUCAACGCCCCUCGACCGACCGGUGGCGCCGUGUUUGUACGUCGUUCAUGUCCGUCCUCCCUGCGUCCCGCAGGGGUGUACAAAGCUAGCUAGCAUACGCAGCCUCGUCGUGGUUGAUUCGUGUUUUGUAUCAGGAGGUUUUUUCGUAAAAAACAGCAGAACUGCCGACUCUGGAUGAUCCGUGGAACCGACAACCUCUAACCGCCGGAGCCACAAGGACUUUGCUAGGAUGUUCCGACCCGCCAAGAACCAGGACCAGGUCCAGGAACCGGUGCAUGAAAUAUAUCAGUGCUGUGUUUGAUUAAUGUCACCAACGUUCAGGAAGCGGUUGUUCCCCGUUGAUCAUGUUUCAAAUCCUUACCAUCAAAUGAUUCUGAAGGACGUGAACAGGAACUCAAGUCGUAUUUAAGGUGUCAUGUGGGUCGGUUCUGGAAGGUUCUGGAAGGUUCUGGAAGGUUCUAGAACCUUCUCCUGAGACAGUUCUGCUCAAAACUCGGCAAAACCCCUUUAAAAAGACUCUCGUCAUGUCUGCUGGGCUCCACAAUGAAAUCUUUUUCCACGACCACUGAUUACUGAUUACUGAUGUUGGUUUUCUGGGCUGAGCAUUUGUUGCUAUCCGGUUCCAAAGUGUAGUGAAUGUUCAGGCCGAACCGGGCCGGUACCUGCAGCCGUCUCUGGCCCAGAUUCUGUCCCGACUAACAGCGUUAGCUCCAGGUGAAGGUGCCGGCCGAAUCCCAGCUGCACAUCUGGCCCUUCAAGUACCGGCUGUAACCCACGGCAACAAGACCUCAUGGAAACUAGACCAAAACGAACCAAAACCCGGGUCUGGGUCCGGUUCCUGACCUCCGGGCCCAAACCUGGCAUCGAGAAGGGAACUAGGGUCAGUUUACAGCCUAGUUCCAAAAGGUCCAUGAACUAGGGAACUAGGCCCUGUUUCCUAGUUCCUGGGCCAGGGAACUCGGCCUAGUUCAACAUGGAAACUACCUGAAAGUAUCUGGGUCACAUCUGGCUCCUGCAACACAUGCCAAAGCCUAGUUCCCUAGUUCAUAGACAUUGGGAACUAGGGAACUAGGCCCAGUUCCCUACUUCAUAAACCUUGGGAACUAGGCCUUGAAUUAGACAUGAUUCCUUAGUUCAUGGACCAGGGAACUAGACAUGGUUCGCUAGUUCAUGGAUCUUGGGAACUAGGCCUUGAAAUAGACAUAGUUCCCUAGUUCAGGGACCUUGGGAACUAGACUGUGAACUAGGCAUAGUUCCCAAGGUCCAUGAACCAGGGAACUAGGCCUAGUUCCCUAGUUCAUUGACCUUGCGGACUAGGUUGUGAACUAGGCCUAGUUCCCUAGUUCAUUGAAUUAGGGAACUAGUCCUAGUUCCCUAGUUCCUGGAUCCUGGGCCCCAGCGUUCACCAGUGCUGUAACUGAGUCAUUUAUGCCAAAACACACGUCUAUCUUCUCCUGGUUUCCACAGAAUUAAAAUGAAAACACUUGACGGUUCUGGGACGGGAUUUAAAUAUUAAAAAUGGUCCUCAAAUGAUCGUUGAUGAACUUUAUCAGGAGACUUGAUGAAAACGUGAAACAUUUUAUUUAACAACCUGAUGUAAACAUUGAGCAUUAAAAGGUGGAAGACGUUAAUAUUUACCGUUAGACUCAAGGGAACCGAGUUGUUCUGAACGUUACAGGACACAAAUCUUAGUAUCUGCAGUUUCAUUCCAGUUGUGUUUAUUUUGAUGAUGUCAAGAGGAAACGUGUACAUUUUACCGUCUUUAAUUAAAGGACAUUUGUGACACUGUGGGAUUUUUUUAACGAGCAAUAAUAAUAGAUUUUACUACAGAAAUAAACAUUUACAG